AUGAACUACGGUUCCAGUUAUAUGAGUGAUAACAUGAACUACGGUUCCAGUUAUAUGAGUGAUAACAUGAACUACGGUUCCAGUUAUAUGAGUGAUAACAUGAACUACGGUUCCAGUUAUAUGAGCGAUAACAUGAACUACGGUUCCAGUUAUAUGAGUGAUAACAUGAACUACGGUUCCAGUUAUAUGAGUGAUAACAUGAACUACGGUUCCAGUUAUAUGAGUGAUAACAUGAACUACGGUUCCAGUUAUAUGAGUGAUAACAUGAACUACGGUUCCAGUUAUAUGAGUGAUAACAUGAACUACGGUUCCAGUUAUAUGAGUGAUAACAUGAACUACGGUUCCAGUUAUAUGAGUGAUAACAUGAACUACGGUUCCAGUUAUAUGAGUGAUAACAUGAACUACGGUUCCAGUUAUAUGAGUGAUAACAUGAACUACGGUUCCAGUUAUAUGAGUGAUAACAUGAACUACGGUUCCAGUUAUAUGAGUGAUAACAUGAACUACGGUUCCAGUUAUAUGAGUGAUAACAUGAACUACGGUUCCAGUUAUAUGAGUGAUAACAUGAACUACGGUUCCAGUUAUAUGAGUGAUAACAUGAACUACGGUUCCAGUUAUAUGAGUGAUAACCUGAACUACGGUUCCAGUUAUAUGAGUGAUAACAUGAACUACGGUUCCAGUUAUAUGAGUGAUAACAUGAACUACGGUUCCCAUUAUAUGAGUGAAAACAUGAACUACGGUUCCAGUUAUAUGAGUGAUAACAUGAACACGGUUCCAGUUAUAUGA